AUGCCUGCUCAUGAAAACAACAAGGUUGUCCUGCUUGAACAUCCCUCUGGCUCAAAGGCAGAGGUCGCUCUCUUUGGUGCCACGCUUACUAGCUGGGUUGUUGAUGGCGUAGAACGCAUCUUUGUCAGUAAGCAAGCCAAACGUGAUGGUAGUAAGGCAAUUCGCGGUGGCAUCCCACUAUGUUUCCCUAUCUUUGGUACCAAGGAAAAGAUUGCUCUUCCCCAACAUGGCUUUGCUCGUAACAAUUAUUGGGAAUACCUCGGUAUUGUGAACGAUAAUGACGAGGUGUCAGUUCGUUUUGGAUUGAAGGAUACUCAAAUCCCUCAAGAAGCCAGAAGUGCUUGGGCUCAUUCCUUCCGUUUGACUUAUACUGUUAGCUUGACCGCCAAGUCCAUCAAGACAUUUAUCAAUUUGAAAAACGAAGACGAAGAUACCUUUGAAUUCAACUUGCUCCUUCAUACAUAUUUCAGUGUUCCUGAUGUUACAAAGGCUGCCGUUGAGGGUUUGACAUCUUGCGAAUACAUUGACAAGGUACAAAACGCCGCAAAGUUCACAGAAAAGAAUGACAAGGUCACCAUCAGUGGAGAGGUUGAUAGAAUCUAUAAAAAGGUACAAGACAAGAUUCGACUUGAAGUUGGUAACGGCUCUUCCAUCCAAAUCGAAAAGUCAAAUUUGAAGGAUACAGUUGUUUGGAACCCCUGGAUCGAAAAGGCCAAGGGCAUGGGAGAUUUUGGAGAUGAAGAAUACAAGAACAUGAUCUGUGUAGAAGUUGGUAGUGUAGCAGAUUGGGUUGCUUUGGGUGGUGGUCAGAGUUGGACCGCUGGUCAAACAUUGACUAUUCUUUAA